AGAGACAAAAACUUAUAUGGGAAAUUGGUAGUGAAAACAACACUGGAGAGAUAGCACCUUAUAAUAAAAGAGGAGUAUAAGAACAUGCUAAAUCCUGCUGCUUUUAAGCAAAAAUAAAUGUAGUUAUGGUUAUCUGUGCUCUUCUUCUGCUAGCUAAAAAUUUAACUCCACCCUUUCUCUCUGGCUUGUCAAAUUCAGAACUCAUUUCACACGUGCUUUAAAUAUCACGUGGACCACAGAGCAGUAGAACAUAUACUGCAGAGUUUACAGAGAAUUAGAUCACAACAGAGUACACAGCAGCGGACUGCAGUGACAUGGAGAUGGUUACUGCACAUAGAAAACACAGUCCAGCACAGAGGGAUACUGGUGAUCAAUACUGGAGGUCAAACAUGAAGAUGUCUUAUGAUACCUGCAUCAAUACAAACGUGGAUGACAAUAUCUAUGCUAAUAAAAUGGAUGAGGAUAUUUAUGCCAAUGCAGACACCAUUAAGGCUAACGAAGCCCCGAAAGGCACCUCCAUUCCCAUUGAACAGACAUUAAGCAGGUCUCAACAUUCAGGAUCUGAGCCUGCAGGGACACGAUGCUACAGACUGGCCACAGUGUGUCUUGGGAUUCUGUGUUUGCUCCUCUUGUUGCUCAUCACAGUGCUUUUUGUUUACUAUAAAGGAGCUUUUAAUGAUUUUGAAGAGACGUUCAGCAUGUUAGCAGCAAAGAGAGACCAGCUACAGGGAAAUUACAGCUCACUGAAGACGAACUACAAUCAGCUACAGACCAAUUACAGCAUCGUGAAAACAGAGAGAGACCAGCUAGCCAGUGCAGCGCAAAGACCCAGAUGUCCCACUGGCUGGAUUAGUUUUAAUUUCAAAUGUUAUUAUGUGUCUGAUGAACGGAAGACUUGGAUUGACAGUCAGGAGGACUGUAGACACAAGGGAGCAGAUCUAUUGAUUAUAAACAGCUUAAAGGAAGAGCUGAUGUUCAGUAAAGAUCAGAGAGCCUGGAUCGGUCUGACAGACAAAGAACAUGAAGGGACCUGGAAAUGGGUGGAUGGGACACCACUGACCACAAGGUAAGAGAGAGACUAUUACAGAAGGACACCAACUUUUACAUGAUCUGCACAAAAUUUAAAAAAGAAAUUUGAUUUUAUUUGUUUUUGUGUUUGCCUUUACAUUAAUUGUUAGCCAGGUUGAUGUAUAAUUAUGAUGCUGUACAUUCUAUUAUGUUUUCCAAAUGGCCUCCUCUCGUUUGUAAAUUUCUUAUGUUCUUAUAUUCUGGGGCAAUCCUUUACGAAUGGAACCUAAUUUAUGAUAAAUGGGUUUCUCUUCUUAGUAACACUUUACUUAAAGCAGGCAUAUAAAUGCAUUAAAAAACCUUCAUAAUGAAUUGUAAACAUGGCUAUAAAUAUUUCUAGAAAGGCAUAACACAUUAUAGCCAUUUUUAUUAUGCAUUAUGAAUGCUCUCAACUAUAGUGUUGUUACAAUACCAAAAUCAUGACUUUGAUAUGAUACCUGCCUAAAAUAUUUUGAUACUAAAACGAUACCACGGCAAAAAAUUUAAACAUCAGGAAAAUUAAGGAAUAAAGAGAUGACAGAACAUGGAAAUUCAAAUUAGUUUUUUAUUAAUUAAAUAGGCCUACUAUAAAAAAAUGUCAUGUAAAUUUCCAGUAAAAUACUGGCAGCAGGGUUGUUAAUUUUACAGUUCAUUCUACUUUACAGUAUGUUACUGUUAUAAUACCACACUGAAAAAAAACUAUAGGAUUUACUGAAAUUAAGGCAACAUUUUUGCACUCACUUAUUUUGUGGUAUAUUUAAACUGAUUUUCUUUUUUGAAAAGUAUACCCAAUUUUAGGAAAUGAAAUAUUUUAAAUAAAUUAAGCUAAAGUUCACCUACACUGUAAAAUCUGUUAGGUUGAGUUUACUCAAAACAGUUGAGGAAAUUAGUUGCCUCAAAUGAUUUAAGUUUAAAAGCUCAGUUUUUCAAGUUGCCUGAAUUUGAAUGUGCUAUUAAACACUCUAAAUGAUUUAAGCGGAUUUAGCUUAAGUUGUAACUAUUCAAGUGGAAUGAACUACAAAAUCUCUGAAUUAAUUUAAAUAAACUUAUAAUACUGAUUAAGUUCAGUUCAUUUACAUUCCUACAUUGAGGAGCCAGUUAAUAAAUCUAACUAAUUUAAAAUAUUUCUCCUGUUAUAUGUUUAUUUUCAGGCAAAGUAUUUCUGGUAAGGCAGUGCUUAUAGACAUUGAUUAUGAAGCUUGUUAGACUAUGUGGCUGCCCGAUCUGCGGUCGCAUGCGCACACUGGUGCCCGAUCUGCGAACGCAUGCGGACACUGGUUUUCCAUGUACGUCACUAUUUGAUCUAUAUACUGAUUACUGACUGCCUGGCCGAUAGGCGAGCGCAUGCGCAGUGCACUGACGUCCGCGAACGCUGCGUAAUGCACCGAAUUGUAUUUUUACAUUACAAAACAACGUUACAUAUUUCACAGAUCAUCAUACAGUAAUUGGUAAUCACAGCUUUACUCACAACUAAGACAAGCGCAGACAAUAAUGCAUUUGUAGAAAAAUGGAAUGCAGUGGAAUUUCUUAUUCUAAGCGAGUGUAUGGUACAAUUUCUGCUCAGAAAAUGUUCAAAUGGCCACAUACAUAUUGAAUAUCACUAAUAACAGUUAGUUGUUGGAAUAUACAUAAGUAAAUGAAUCAGAUAAAUAUUCACCUAAACUAAGUUCAACUGCAAUAUUCCCAAUAAACAUAUUGCAGUUAACCAUAAUUAAUUAAUUAACAUGCACCUGUGGAAUGGUCGUUAAGACCUUAACAGCUUACAGAAAGUAGGCAUUUAAGGUCACAGUUCUAAAAACGCAGGACACUAAAGAGACUUGUCUACCGACUGUGAAAAACAACCAAAGAAAGAUGCCCAAUAGGCUGAGAGAGGCUGGACUGAGG